AGGAGCACAUUGGCAUUGUUCUUUUUUUUUCACUUGAACAAUCUGUGGAGUAUUUGUUCCGAGUGAUUGCAAACUCCAAUGUUCCAAAAGACUGAUGAGUCCAAUGUUCCAAAAGACUGAUGAGAGCAUCAGUACUACUUCUCCAAGCGAGGGGUUCCUCCUCCACCUUCUUCCCCGGCCCCAAGUCGCCUGACCCCCUUGCCCUCGUUCAUGCGCUCUCCGCGGCCUCCCGCUCCUCCAGGUCACCGUCGCGCCUCCACGCGCAGGUCCUCAAGCUCGGCAUGUCCGGCGACACUUUCACCACGAACCACCUCCUCAUCUCCUACUCCAGAAGCGGGCUACUCGGGAGCGCGCUGGCCGUGUUCGACGAAAUGCCGCACAGGAACCUGGUUUCCUGGACCGCCAUGGUGUCCGCCUCGACACGCGGUGGCGCGGCUGAACUGGGCAUCGGGCUGUUCGUCUCCAUGCUGAGGAGCGGCUUCUUCCCGAACGAGUUCUCUCUUGCCAGCGCGCUCCGUGCUGCCUGUGAUCGGUCCGCUGCCCGUGCCAAGCUCCAGUUUGGCGCUUUGCUCCAUGGCGUCGCGGUGAAGGUCGGCGUGGAUGCCGAUCCUUUCCUGGGAAGCUCAUUGCUGCUCAUGUAUGCCAGACAUGGGUGUGUCGCUGCUGCGGAGCGCGCAUUUGCGGACGUCCGGUGCAAAGACUUGACGUGCUGGAACGCGAUGCUGGAGGGUUAUGUCUCCAAUGGUUGUGGAUAUGGCGCGAUGAGGGCCAUGGCUCUGAUGCAACAGUGUGGGCUACCAGCUGACAUGUUCACCUACGUUUCAGCUCUCAAGGCAUGUUCCAUCACGGGGGAGCUGGAUUUCGGACGGCGGCUUCAUGGAUGUGUCAUCCAUAACAUGUUUGAGUCUGAUACCUCCGUGAUGAAUGCUCUUGUUGAUAUGUAUUUGAGAUCCGGGCUGACGGACAUUGCCAUGGCUGCUUUUGGUAGGAUCCGGCAAAAGGACACGAUUUCUUGGAACACACUGAUAUCCCGUUUCGCGCAUGAUGAAGACGAUAGAGCGGCUGCAUGCUGCUUUGCUGAUAUGCCGCUAUCGGGUUCUAAGCCUAAUGAAGUCACUUUCUCUAUCAUGCUGAGGCUGAGUGGUGCUAAAGAGAACGCCUCACUUGGUCUUCAGAUAUUCAGCCUUUCCUAUCGUCAUGGCUACUCCGACGAUGUUCUUGUCGCAAAUGCAGUUAUCAACAUGCUUUCGAGAUGUGGAUUACUUAACUGCGCACAUGGCUUCUUCUGUAACCUCAAGUUCAGAAACAUUGUGACAUGGAACGAGAUGAUUGCAGGUUAUGGUCUGUACAGCUGUUCUGAAGAUGCAAUGAGGCUCUUCCGCAGCAUGGUUUGCUUCGGUGAAAGACCAGAUGAGUUCACCUAUUCAGCUAUUUUGUCUGCUUUCCAAGAAUCUCAUGAAGCAAGGAACCAUGAGCAACUCCAUGCAAUUAUUCUGAAACAAGGCGUUGCUUCACGGCAGUUCGUGUCAACUUCACUGAUCAAGACAAAGGCAGUGUUUGGAUCAGUUCAGGGUGCGCUGAAAGUCAUUGAGGACACUGGCGAGAUGGAUUUUGUGUCAUGGGGUGUCAUCAUCACUUCAUUCCUCAAGCAUGGCUUGAACAAUGAGGUCCUUUUCCUUUUUAACUUGUUUAGAAGUGACCGCAUGAACAAACCUGACGAGUUUAUCCUAGCUACAGUCCUGAAUGCCUGUGCGAACGCUGCACUGAUCCGGCAGUCCAGAUGUAUCCAUUCAAUUGUUGUCAGGACGGGGCACUGGAAGCACUUCUGCGUGGCGAGCGCUCUAGUCGAUGCGUACGCAAAGUGCGGUGACAUAUCAGCUGCGGAGAGUGCUUUUGCUACUAUUUCAUCAGUAAGUGCCGAUGCCAUAUUGUACAACACCAUGCUGACAGCUUACGCCAACCAUGGCCGGAUCAACGAAGCCCUCAGUCUCUACCAAGAUAUGGCACAGGCUCAAUUGAUCCCCACCCCAGCUACUUUUGUUGCCAUUGUAUCAGCGUGCAGCCAUUUUGGGCUAGUUGAAGAGGGGAAGGUUGUGUUCAAUCUGAUGAUGUCUGAAGGUCAGGGUAUGAAUCCAACGAGGGCCAACUUUGCUACCCUGGUUGAUCUCCUGGCGCGGAAAGGGCUCCUUCGCGAGGCGAAAGGCGUGAUCGAAGUAAUGCCUUUCCAACCAUGGCCUGCGGUUUGGAGGUCCCUGAUGAACGGUUGUCGGAUCCACGGGAACAAAGAACUUGGCGUGCUUGCAGCAGAGCAGAUCAUGAGGAUGACCCCAAGCAGUGAUGGCGCCUAUGUAUCGCUUUCGAAUGUCUUUGCUGAUGUUGGAGAGUGGCAUUCUGCAGAAGAGGCUAGGAUGGUGAUGGCCGAGAAUCAAGUCUGGAAGGUGCAAGGGUAUAGCAGGAUUGAGGUUUAGGGGUGUUGUGUAUAGGCUAAGUUAGCACUAACAGCAGAAUAGCUACUGUCCGUUGCAGCAAGACCUGCUAUUGUCUCCCAAGCAUCUGGCAAAAUUUUGUUUAUUAUUUGGUUACAAAAAUUUAGAAACAAAUACACCUGAAAA